GUCCUGUUCAGGCUUUUCCAAGUCCCCUCGUUUCAAUGAUUUUCUUCUUUCGGUUUCUUCUCAAUGCAUGUGGCAAAGGCGACUCAGCAAUAUCAGAGCUCUGGAGAACACAACCUUUUUUAUCAUCUUUCUUUUGCUAUCUAUACUGAAAUAUAGACAGUCAUGCUUGCACAAAUACCCGACGAGAGCAAAGGCUAUCACCACCUUCGCUCAUCAGACGAUUCCGAAGCCCAACCCGAUGAUUCCAGCUCCCAAGCCCUUCUAUUUGACGGGAAUCGGGAAAGCCGCAAACGCACUAAGAUAUGUCCAUGGCCCAGUCGCAAUGUCCUCAAAAGCACCGCCUUUUUCCUAGUGACACUCGGAAACGCCGCCAUGUUCUUCUCUUCACUUCUCAUAUUCUCGAAGAGCGACUACUUGUGCAUGCAACGUAAUGCCAUAUGGUCUCCGGUAUGGGAGGAUGUGAGCACUGCCUAUACGCACACCCGGUUCAAUGGAACACUGGAUGCACCGAGCCAGUACCGUGGGCCUCCUAGUAGCGCCGUCGAUGAGGCUUGGAGUGAACUAGACAAUGUCGGUUCCGUUGCCCUUGACGAGGAAACCUUCUUAAGGGCAGGUGGAACAAAAGAGAACGCAAGAAUGCCCGAUGAUCUCGGAGGCGGCUAUAUGGCCGACAUUGAAGUUCUCCACCAAAUGCACUGUCUCAACUUUGUUCGCAUGGCAGUCUACGCAGAGCAUUAUCGUGAUAUUGCGCCUGAGUGGCGAGACUCCAACCGUACUUUCAACAUCCAUCUAGAUCAUUGCAUCGAAAUGAUUCGCAUCAAUCUACUCUGCCAAGCAGACGGUGGAGUGAUUCCGUUCCGAUGGGUGGAGAACUACCGGCGCCCGUUGCCCGACUUCAGCACCAAACAUAAAUGUCGGGACUGGCAGGCUGUGUUGCAAUGGGCCAAGGAUCGACAGGUGACUGUUCCUUCUCAUUACCCGUGGAAGCCCCAGUCUUGGGAAAAGGUCUUUCCGAAGCCUACGUGGAUGGUGGAUGGGAAGGCAAAUGAGCAUGAACAUGGGCAUAGAACAGAGGGGAUGUAAAUUCAUCGUAAUUAUGUCUCACAGUGCACGGAUC